GGGCGCGGCGCGGGGAUGGAGGGCGGGUUCGGCUCCGAGUUCGGGGCCGCGGGGGGGAAGCUGGACCCGGGGCUCAUCAUGGAGCAGGUGAAGGUGCAGAUCGCCGUGGCCAACGCGCAGGAGCUGCUGCAGAGGAUGACCGACAAGUGUUUCCGGAAGUGCAUCGGGAAGCCGGGGAGCUCGCUGGAUAACUCGGAGCAGAAGUGUAUUGCCAUGUGUAUGGACCGGUACAUGGACGCCUGGAACACAGUCUCACGAGCAUACAACUCCCGGCUGCAGAGGGAGAGAGCCAACAUGUGACCAGUUUCCAGCAGCCCUGACAACAUGCUUCAAUACUGCCCCCCGCUCGGGGAGAGUGACUUGAUUCCUGGACUAGCUGGAGUGGCCUUGUGAGAAUGAAAGGAAAGGUGGUGGGAGUGAAAUCCCUGGGAUUUGGUUAAUUUGGCAUUUUCAUCAUGGUAGAGCAAUAAAGCCACAUCUGGAGCCUC